AUGUCGGGUCUACAACUAAACACCGCUGUACCUAUCAGAUCACCUUCCACGAUCAAAACGACCUUACCAUCGUUUGAUGAUCUUCUCAAAUCGUUGGAAGAGCCUUCGACGGUUACUUCCCAUCACAUACGAAAUCCACACCACGUUCAUCCUCACCAUGUACAUCACCAACAUGUGGUGCAUCCUCCCUAUCCUCACCACCAUCAACACCAUCAUCAUUAUAGACCACCUUCCACACCACCCACACCAAGAUUAUCCUUAUCCGGAUCAUCUUCUUCAGAAGAAGAUCAGAUUAACUCUGCUACCUCAUCAAGGUCGUCCUCGCGACUGGGCGGUAGAAAAAGACGAUCCAACAGUCUUCCAUCAAUAUCAAGAACUCAUAUGAACUCCCCAUUCAGGGAAUUGAGCGUGCUACCUCAUUCGAUAGAACAUCAUACGAACCGAAUACAGAGAUUGAAAGAAGGUGAUGGUGAAUGGAUGCCAUACUCCCUCAACGCAGUAGCUCCAUCUUCUUUACCAUAUCACGCACGACCACAUUACCUCCCACGAUUUUCGACCGGAUCGAUUCCCCAUGCUCCAGUUCCAGCUUUAGCUCCGGCUCUAGCUCCAACGCUUGACACCUACUCGUACACUUCCAAGAACAAUAGCGAUACCCUCCGUACCGCCUAUGGGCAUACAUCGAAGAUCGAUGAGCGGGAGCAUGAACAUCUCACACUCACCACUCAGCACAAGCGAACCUAUGACUCCAUCUUCCAUCUCGAGUCUAUACAUGAACAACCAUUCAAACCAAUCGCCAAACGACAGUGCAACGCAGUGUCAAACCCCAACGAAAGGCUAUGGCAUUUCAUCGGCGAAAAAGGAUGUCAUCUACACUAUUCCCACCAACAUGGAUAUCGACCUUGA